CCACCCUUUGGGGGCAGCUGGGGACAGCUGGGGCUGGGGGGAAGAGGCCUGUGACUAGAUGGGUCGAGGGCAGGCCACAACAGAGACCCUGCAGGCAGACAGGGAGGAACCUGGAAUCUCGAAGCAGAGACAUGGCUUGCCCAGGGCGACUCCGGGCUGGGGCCGCCAGGGGAGCUGGCUCUCUCCGCCCCGACUGCCAGCAGCUUUCAGCCUGAAGAGGCUGGGCCCGUGGGAGCGGCUCUUUCCUCCAGGCUGGGCACAGGCCUGGGUGUGGGGUCCAGGGCUUGAGAGCCCAGGAUGGAGCCAGGGCCUCUCCUUUUUCUGUGGUUGUGAAUCUGGGAGCCUAACAGCUCCCCCCUCGACCUCCCGAAUCCUCUGGCAGCUUCCCAGUCACGGCAGGUUCCGCUGCCAGAGCCAUUUAUAACUCCCAUUCCAGGCUCUGCUCUGCAGUGAAGCUCCCUGGAGAGCUGGGGGAGGGGCAGCCCACUGCUGGGAGCUGUGGCUCCGGGGGCCUCCCAGAGCCGAGUCCCCCAUGCGCAGGCAGGAGAAGGACGCAGAGCUGGAUCGGAGGAUAGUUGCCCUGCGCAAGAAGAACCAGGCCUUGCUCCGCAGGUACCAGGAGAUCCAGGAGGACCGUCGGCAGGCAGAGCAGGGGGGCAUGGCUGUGACCACACCGGCGCUCCUCCAGCCCGACGGCCUCACGGUCACCAUCAGCCAGGUUCCUGGUGAAAGGCGGGUGGUUAGCAGGAACUGGACAAGGGGCACCUGCAGACUCAGAGUGGCCAAUGAGAUGCUUGAGGAUGAGGACACAGAAGACUAUGGUGGUACUUUCUGCUUAGGGGAGCGGGUAGAGCUGGCCGUUACCAUGGAGAACAAAGCAGAGGCCAAACGGAUUGUAAGUGAAAAGCCUACUAGAGCAAGGAACCAGGUCACAGAGGGGUCACCUGGAGGGCGUGUGGCCCGGAGCCCCCCCAUGCAGGUGGCCAUCAGCUCGGACUCUGCAAGGAAGGGUGUUCGGGAGCCCCAGAGCCAGCCUGUGGGGGAACCCCCGGAGGUGGGCUGGGACUAUGCCCAGUGGAAGCAGGAGCGGGAGCAGAUCGACCUAGCCCGCCUUGCUCGGCACAGAGAUGCACAGGGUGACUGGCGCCGCCCGUGGGACCUGGACAAGGCCAAGCCCACGCUACAGGACUGCAGCCAGCUGAGGGAAGAAGGCCUGGCCAGGGCAGGCAGCAGAAGGGGUCCCAGGAGCCACCGGAAACUACAGCCCCCACCAUUGCUCCCUGAUGGAAAAAGUCGGGGCGGGCAACCCAGCAGAUCCUUGGUGGCACCAGCUGCAGGCAGCAAAGUCCGGGGCAAGGAGAGGCUGACUGGCAGGGCCCGAAGGUGGGAUAUGAAGGAAGACAAGGAGGAGCUGGAGAGUCAGGAGGGAAGCCAAAGCACCAGAGAGACUCCCAGUGAGGAGGAACAAGCACAGAAGCAGAGUGGGAUGGAGCCGGGCCAUCUGGGGAGCACCCCUGCAGCCAGCCGAGCCCUGGCAUCCCCAGAGGGGCCAAAGGGGGAGUCAGCAGCUUCCACAGCUGGCUCAGUGCCCUGCUCUCCACAGGAGCCUGACUUGGCUCCUCUUGACCUUUCUGUAGGAGGGGCUGGCAUCCCUGGGCCUAAGGAGGGCACGUGUUUGCUCAAUCCAAGGCCUGAGGCCCAGGAGAGCCCUGUGUCUUGGCCAGAUGGCUCUGAGCAGCAGCCCCUGGGGUGGAAUAAUCACCAGGCUGAGCUGGAAGUCCAGACUUGCCCUGAGCCACAGAAAGGAGCAGGGCCUCCAGAGCCCAGAGAAGACAGGUCUGGUAAGGCUGGGGCCCAGCAGGGCCUGGCACAGAGAAGCUGGCCCCUGAGAGGAGGCAGCCAAAGGCUGAGAGGCACAGUAGGUGUGAGGCGCAGGACAGGGCGCCCUGGUCCUGCAGGAAGGUGCUGAACACAGCUCCUGGGAGCUGGGGGAACUGGGGGGAGGGAGAAGAAAAGGGAAGCACUCCAUUAGGAGCCCUCCAUGUGAUGGCCAUGUGGUUGCUGUGGCUCGUGCCAGUGUCAUUGAGCAGUGUGGCAAACUCGCCAGCAUGACCACCUUGUGAGGGCAAAGAGUGGCCUCCCUGCAGCUCGCACAUUCAUCCCUGUGCACAUGUGUGUUUUCACUUGUGGGCACAGCCCCUGGUGUAUUCCUAUACUGGUGCCUGGCAUCUGAGGCUAGUGCACCCUGACCUGGGCCUACUGCUGCUCAGGCCACAAGCCUUUUCCACCAUAACGAGAGAACAAGGCUUAGUGGCACCUACCACCUGGCUCUCCAUCACCCCUCAGGGCCUGGACUCCCCUUCCAGCUGCUGGCUUCCACUUCUGGCCUGGGCUGGAAUCCCCCAGUCCCAGAUUUCCAGGAUGCCCAACCAGGGAAAUCCUGAGGCAUGGAGGACGGGAG